AUGAUCAAUCUGGUCCAAUGGCUGUUCUUCACUAACCACGAGGAUAUAUGGAUUGUUUAUUUCAUCUUCGAUGCCAUUGCUGGAGUGAUGGGCACAUGCUUCUCAGUUCUAAUUUGUAUGGAAUUAACACGACCCGGUGAUCAAAUUCUUAGUGGGAAUCAUCAACUUUAUAAUAUUUUAAUAACGGCUCACGCUUUUUUAAUGAUCUUUUUUCUGGUUAUACUGGCGAUGAUAGGUGGAUCUGGUAAUUGGUCUGUUCCGAUUCUGAUAGGUGCACCUGACAUGGCAUUUCCACGAUUAAAUAAUAUUUCAUUCUGGUUGUUGCCACCAAGUCUCUUGCUCCUAUUAAGCUCAGCCUUUGUAGAAGUGGGUAGCGGCACUGUGUGGACGGUCUAUCCGCCCUUAAGUGGUAUUACCAGCCAUUCUGGAGGAGCAGUUGAUUCAGCAAUUUCUAGUCUUCAUCUAUCUGGUAUUUCAUCCAUUUUAGGUUCUAUCAAUUUUAUCACGAGCAUUUCCAACAUGCGUGGACCUAGAAUGACUAUGCAUAGAUCACCCAUCUUUGUGUGGUCCGUUCUAGUGAUAGCAUUCCCACUUUUAUUAUCACUUUCGGUACUAGCAGCGGUUAUUACCAUGUUAUUAACCGAUCGAAACUUUAAUACAACCUUUUCUGAUCCUAUUGGAGGGGGAGACCCCAUAUUAUACCAGCAUCUCUUUUGGUUCUUCGGUUUUCAAUGGCCCUUUUCAGAUGCAAAUCUGAAUACGUAU